AUGACCGAAAAGCUGUCGAUUCUUUGUUUCGGGAACUCCCUUACAGCAGGCUUCCAUUCCUACGGGCUUGAAUUUCAUCCAUACGCACAAAAACUUGUAGAGACCAUCAAGAACGAGUUCCCGGGGCUAGAGGUACAAGCAACUGUGGCGGGACAAUCCGGCGAUCUGGUGGUAUCUCCUCCAGGGGCAUUCCUGUCACGGAUCGAGAUGAAAUGCGACCGUACAAAUGAUCUGGGGUAUGGAUAUCAGCCUGAUAAGAUCUAUUCUGCUAUCCAGAAGUCCUGGAACGUCGCCCUUGAAACAGGUGCCAAAGUACUCGCUUUGACUAUUCCUGAAUGUAAAGCUCGUAUCGGCUCUCUUGAUGAGAGACGGUCGAAGCUAAAUUCGUAUAUUCUUGCACACCAAGCUGAAGGAUUAAGAAUACCUUAUCAUUCUGCGUCGCCUGAAUUCCAGGAAAAUAUGUUCGAUGAUGGCCUCCACUUGACGCCGGCUGGAUAUGAUUUUAUGGGCACAAUCAUAGCCGAGCAUCUUGUGAGCCUACUUAACGCGCAAAUGGAGGAUAAAGAUGACAAGGAAGGAUAG